CAUAGCGCAGUAGGGUAAAGCCUUUCCGAAAGAGAUAGGUGUUAUCUGUCGCUUCCCCCCACCUCUCCUCAACUGAGCUAGAUUAUUAUCUUCUGAGCAGCAAGCCCUCGCCCUGUUGGAAAUGAUGAAACAUUUGUGAUUGACCUCCAAUGACAGAGAAGCUUCCGAGGGGGGCCUGGGGAGUGGUGAGGGAGAUGUUUCCAUCAGGACAUCACUGAAACACAGGCUGGGAUCAGACCUUUCUCAUGGUUCUGGGGAUGUGUCCCGAUCGCCUCGGGAGAGGCCCCUGCCAUGCUGACCAGAGCUGACGGAAAUCCAGAGACAAUUUCCCUGACACUCGGGACAAAGGUUCAGAAACUGAAAUCUGGAGAGAGGAAAGCAAACGACCCCUCAGCAGCCUCCUGCAGGUCUCCCGGACAGCCCACUGGGAGCACGACGUGAAGACGAGGUACCCAGGUGGUUCCACCCAUAUCCCUUCCGGCUGCCUCCGAGAGAGACUGAGCCGCACUCACAACCCACAGCUGCCCUGUGAGGAGCUCAUGAUGCUGACGGAAGAAAUGAAGCUCUGGCACGGCGUGGUGAUGGCAGCGGUGUCGCUCAUCCUGCAGGCCUGCCUCCUCGCAGCCAUCAACUACCUGCUCAGCAGGCACAUAGUCAAGGAGAAUGAACGGAUAUUGAAAAGGGCCAGGCUCCAGAUCUCCAGCUCUGCCCACCACCACCCACCUGCUGCCAAGGAGGUAAAGGAGACUGGGGCAAAGAUAAGCACCCCUGUGUCUGAGCCCUGUUACCAGGAUGACAGCGACACAUCCUCCAAUAGCUCGGACAGCUCAGACAGCUCAGACAGCUCGCCUCCCACCCACCAGGCCACCAAGGAUGUGAACUACACACAAGUGGUCUUUUCAGCCCCUGGAGGACGAAGAAAUGACUCUGCCCUGGACUAUGAGAACAUAAAGGAAACCACAGAUUAUGUUAAUGUCAACCCAAAAAGCCACAAGCCCAAUUUCUGGACUUUUGUGAACCCUGCUGUCUCUGAACCAGUGGAGUACACUCAAGUGGCAGUGUGAAUUCUCGGCUUUUUAAUGGAGUGACAGUUCCCGAUGAGUUCUUGCACUUAUCUUGUGGGGGAAUUACAGUCUGUCUGUCUGUCUGUCUGUCUCUCUGUUUGUUUAAGCAAGGCAUAGGAAAAAAAAAUAAUAAACCUGUAUCUCAGCAAGAAAGAUUCAGAUCAGACGUUAGGGAGAACUUCCCGUUAAGUAUGAAAACACUGGGCAAAUCAGUAGAGAAAGUGAUGAAGUCUCCCUCCGUAGAAAAAUUUUUAAAGAUUUUCAUCAGCUAUACCAGAGUUCUGUUUGGAUCAAUGCCUUAGGAUUAAAUGUCUCUCUGAGCUCUUUAAUUAUUGGCAAUAAACAACUUCCUUAAACGUUUUAAGUAAAACGGCAACCACCAAUUCCCCUUUCCCUCCGGCCUCACCUUGCAUACGCUUCCUUUUUCUGGGUUGUAUCCUGCUGAGUAAUCCUGCUCUGCUCUCAGAACUUUAAAUAGUGCACUUGGAAAGCCCACCGUCAUUCAACCCUUGAGUCUGCUGUUUCCUAGGAAUGAAAGGUAACGGAGUUCUAGUAAACGCUAACCAGCAUCACAACCUGUUAUUCCAGGGAAAAUCUCUUCCAAUUCAAUCCAAUAAACUUCCGUAUCCAUU